AGUGUAGCCCCAGCAGUGCCACCUGUCAGUGUCCAUCAAUGCCAGCUGUCAGUGAUCAUCAAUGCCACCUGCCAGUGCCCAUCAGUGCCACAUCAAUGCCACAUAGCAGUUCCUACCAGUGCACAUCAAUGCAACAUAUCAGUGCCCAUCUGAGCUUCCAGUCAGUGCCACCUAUCAAUGCCAGUCAGUGCCGCCUAUCAGUGCUGCCUCAGUGCCUCCUCAUCAGUGGCCAUCACUGCAGCCUCAUUAGCGCACAUCAGCGAAGGAGAAAAAUCACUUAUUUACUAAAUUUUCUA